CAUUCAGUCCGUUAGUGCUAAGUUUCUGCAGUCUGAAGUUUUGCUCCUCGUCAGUAUGAAUAAUCUGGCUUUUCCUCAGGAGAGAGAUGAAGGCUGGUAUCUGUCACUUAUGGCACCUAAUACUAAGGGUCCACAUUUUGCAUGGCUAGAUCCCUCCAGACUUUACUGCAAUUCCCAGGCCUUGUCAGAUUGUGUGACAGAUCUUCUCAAACCAUUCCAAAAUGAUUUGAUUGACCUGGUGGCUGGAAUAGACGCAAUGGGCUUUAUCCUUGGUACAGCCGUGGCCACCACUCUGGGAAAAGGCUUUCUAGCCAUCCGAAAAGCAGGACACCUUUGUGUAGAAACUCAGACGCAGGAAUAUACUGACUACACAAGAAAAGAGAAACUAUUGGAAGUACGAGCUGAUGUGUUAAAACCAGGUCUGCGUGUUCUUAUAGUUGACCAGUGGAUUGAGACUGGAGGCACAAUGAAAGCUGCUAUCAAGCUGGUAGAAAAACAAGGAGCAUCUGUUGUGGGCGUCGCUUCUGUGGCCAUUGAGAACAGCGAAGGAGGAAAGUGGAUAAAGGAAAACUACAAGCACUCACAUUGCAUCCCUGAGAAACUUCAGUCUCAAAUAGACAGAAAAUAUCUGGACUCUUUCAAGAACUUUGAGCGAAACGUUACAGAGUAGGUACCUCUGAGGACAGCGAUACUAAACAGAAGAAAACCAUUCUGUGUUUGUUCUGUCUAUAUAUGAUACACCACAUAUAAACAUUGUUCUGGUCCAUCUGAAGAUGACUGCAUUCUCACAAUGGACUGAAAGAGAACAUGAUUCUAAAUUAAGCUCUGAUAUUCCUCUUUCUCAAAAGUUGACUUAUAACAGGCUUAGUUUUAAAGACUUAAAACUAAGAACAUGACUAGCUUCAUUAAAGACAUGAUUAGAUUAAAGACUAAAACUAAGAGCAUGAAAUAGUUCAUAAUCUAUUGAAACGUACGUGGCUCACAUUCUUUGUACUAGAGAGCAUGUUAAAGUUUACUACAAUGAAAUUGUUUUUUUUAAUUUCUGUUGUUUGUUUAAACUAAAUUCCUUAGUAACAGUCUACAGAAAACACUUUAGCAGAUUUUAAUUUAAAACAAAUUUGAAAGCAUAGUAUACAAUAACAUGUAACAAGAACAUGUAUAACGAUAGCAUAAAAAAACACAAGCUAGAAAUUGUUACUGUAUAAACCAGAACAAAUCUCCUGUAUAAAUGUGUAUAAAAGUUUCUGAUAGUGUAGUUAAUACUACUGAUUUUAUUGCAACUAUUUUUAAUAUUAAAAAUACAUCAGGUUCAUUAAUUGUGCAAUACAGCAUGAUCUUAAACUGACAUGUAAACUAAAGAAUUCAUAAACCUGAUGCUUAUGAUUGCCAUAAUAUGAUGAUCAUUCUGAAACAUCUAACACUAAUGAAGGCAACGCAACCGAUGUGCAUAGAAAAAAUUAAAAAGACAAGUACAACAUACUACAGAGGAACCUGUCCUAAGUACAGUGUUUUUAACACUUUCUAGUCUCCCUUGUUCAUCUGUACCUAUAGUGUCUGCUUUGGUAUCAGUUUUUUGCAUCAGUUCAUUCAGUGCAGAAUUCUCAGGUUUUCUCUCCCUUUACUGACAGCAGCUUGGAUGUUUCUUUUUAGAAGUUGCAUACAUGUUACUCGUGUUGCUGCUGAUUUCUGUGAAGACAAAUAGAUGGAAAAAUUAGGAGACAUUUUAGCAUAAAUGGUAUUAAGUUUGGUUUAAAUCACUUGUUGAUAUAGGACUUGAUUUUAUUUUAAAAUAUAUUUUAACAAUGGAGAUCAGAACGAAAUAAAAGAUUUGAGGAGAAAUGUCACCUUUUUAACCUGAAAAGUAAAGUAUGAAGGUCAGAAUGUCACCAUUGUUUGUACUUAGAGAUAUCAUGAAGACUUAAUAAACUUCACAUUGGUUUGA